AUGGACAUUGAUAUGGAUCUCGAUCUUGGCCCCCUUCCAGAGCCAGAACCAAUUGAAGCUGAACCCGAAACGACAUCAUUCGGCCAUGACGGUGCCUUUGAUGCUCAGACGACAGAAACGCAAUACGAGAAGGUUCACAUUCGAGGCGUCGACGACCUAACGACGGGUAGCAUUAGACAAUUCGCCAUCGACCACUUCACCACCGAACAGCCCACCCGCGUCGAAUGGAUCGAUGACACGUCCGCGAAUAUCGUCUACUCGUCGCCGGAGAUCGGUUUACAGGCGUUAGCUGCCCUUACACAGGUUGGGGAGGAUGAAUAUACAUCCGCAGUACCUCUGCGUCUGCGCUCGGCCAAGCUCCUUUCAUCGUACCCCGACUCCGUCCUCCAGGUGAGAGCAGCGGUGAAAACGGAUCGGAAGAAGCCUCGUGCGCACGAAGCGAGCCGGUUCUAUCUUAUGCACCCCGAGCAUGACCCACGGGAGAGGUUGCGAAUGGAACUCUCAGAAAGAAGGCGUCAAGGCGGGGACUCCGGUGAUGGCGAUUAUAGGCGGAGACGGUUCGACGGUCGGGAGCUUCAGCGACGGCAAGACCGUGAUAACGACGAGCUCAUAAGUGCGGAUAUGUACGAUGAUUCUGGUGCAGGUGAUUCUAGCGCAGGUGAUCCUGGGCGGAGGCGCGGAGGGCGCGAACUGUUCCCCGAUGAAGGGGGUUCGUCGGGCCGUCUUCGAAACCGCAGUGCAUCCCCCGGACGAGACACCCUGGAGAGUGACCGACUGCUAUCGGAUCGGUCUGAACGGCGAUUCAGAGAGCGAUCUCCCCGUCGGAGCGGAGCAAAGGAAAUUUUCCCAACCAAGUCGAAAUCGAACGAACGCGAGCUUUUCCCAACCAAGUCGGAAUCCAACGAACGCGAGCUUUUCCCGAAUAAAACCGCAGAUAGCUAUCUUAAGAAAGAACUAUUCCCGAGCAAAGUCAGCAACCAUCGCCGGAAGGACGCUAUCGAUGCUGCGGACGAGACGCUGUCGAGCAGAAUCUCAGCUCCGGUUGAUUCACGGAACAGGGGCGUCGAGCUCUUCCCUGGCUCUUCCAAUAACGGUGGUGUCAACAUUCGUGGGACAGCUCGAGACGAAGGCUUCUCAAUCCGUGGAUCUUCCCAUGGCCUGUCGAUAAAGGGUAAAGGGGCAUCGGUCAAGGAGUUAUUCCCAUCUACGUACGGCUCGAACUCCGGGAAGGAGCUGUUUUCAAACAAAAUCGAAGGACGAGGAGGUCCAAGACGGAGGGCAGAGGACAUGUUUGGUUGA